AUGCGCGCGUCCUCUGUUCUGCGCAGUGCCGCCAAGAGGGCUCAGGCGGUUGAGGUCAACACCCCAAAGCGCCUUUCCAAGACGGUUGAGAAGCGGACGCCUUUCUUGCCAAACGGGCAGGCCCCUCGCAGCACCCUUUCGUCACUCAUCGGUCUUCAUCACGAGUCAUCCACCUUCAUGCGUGACCCUGCUGAGAUUACGACGGCGUUCGAGAGCGCUUUCCGCCACCACACCCCCCAGUUCCAGAGCUACAGCUCGUUCCGCGCCGCUGCGCUGCGCUCGCGCGAGGAGCACGCCACCGGCGGGCUCACGAACUUUGCCACGCAGAGCCCCGGUGGUCUCGGAGCUCGGCGUGCGAUCGGGCUCAAUGAGGAGGACGACCUUCCGGACCAGCCGCAGGUGACUCGCAAUGUUUUCCGCCCGACCCGCAAGUGGACGAGCCGCUCGCGCUCGGCUGGCGAGCUCUCGGAGCGCGAACUCAAGGUCAAGGAGGCGCUGUUCGGCACUUGGGAGCGCGCGCAGGACGGUGUCCCUCGCCCAGCUCUCGACGGUGUUGUCGACGUUCUCGAAGCGCGCGGGCUGUCCGUGGAGGAGGCGGCCAAGCAGUGGAAGAACCGCGAGUAG